AUGGCAAUGAAUGAAGAAGAUGGAGCCUUGCGACAGUUGCAACCACAUUGGAACCAUGGAAUGAUAGCAGCAUCCAUUGCUAUUUCUCUCCUAGGGGCAUUCACCUCUACUCAAUUGUUUUGUCAGGCGAGGGUAUCAAAUGGGUUCCAAGCUGUUUUCGUUUGGACUCUGCUUGGAAGUUUGACAUUUGGAUUUUGUUCAAUAUGGAGUCUCCAUUUCGUUGCGAUGUUGGCAUAUGAGCUGGAUAUACGAAUUGGCAUAAAUGUUCCAUUGACUAUCCUGAGCUCUGUGCUGGCUGUAGUCUUUACUUUUGCAGCUCUGGCAUCCGAUAUGCUGUUCGAUACCUACUGGCGUGAACGACAGAAGAAGGCUAGGAAAUCGAGGAAACGACGAACAACGAACGGCGCAAAACAUCGGCAACGAGGGCGCGACUCGGGUGUUGAGAUCAGACCGCUUUUAAGUCAUGCAGAGGAUGCUGAUCAGUUUUUCCAAGACCAGGAAACUCCCGAAUCGGCUCCCGCUGAGUUCCAGGUGGACGAGGUGACUGACGGCAAUGUUUCAAUAGAAUACAACGACGAAGUCAACGAUUACGUCUCACUGCGGAAUGGGCUAGGGGAUGAUUCGACCAGGAAAAUGUUCAAUUUUCCGACGGUGGAGCCAAUGCUGAACGAUUCACUGCAAAAUUCUCAGCCAGUGCAAGAGCCAAUCAUCCCAGAAAGUGCGGACAGUACUACUGGUCUCACAGAUUCCGGCGAACCCUCUGUAUCAGGCCGAUCCUCCUCUUUGAUGGGUUCCAGCUCCACCUCUACUUUUGGUAUCAGCAGUAUUAUGAACAUGGCCUAUCGAAGCACAGCUCCAGCCAAGAAUAUUUUCUUAGUGACUGGAGAGACAUUGUACAGAGGCUGCACUCGCAAGAACAUCGGCAAAGGGUUUCUAUGGUCAGUAGCAAUAACCAGUAUGCAUUAUGUUGGACUCGAGGCUCUCCGAAUUCCAAGUGGGUACUGUGAGCUUAACUACACAUUGGUCGUAUUGUCUGCUGCAAUAAGCUGGAUUGUUUGUGUGGUAGGGUGCAUCUUGAUUUCACAAAUGGAAACUCAUCUCAAGCAACAAUUCCUCUUCUCUAUCACUGCGACCACUGGGGUUGCUUGUAUGCAUUUUACAGGAAUGCAAGCAGCAACCUUCUGGUCCCGGUCACCACCAACAGAAGCCAGAGGUUACCCACCAGCCCUAGCUACUGCCAUUGUCAGCAUUGCUAUUGCAACUUGCAUUGCGGCCAAUGGAUUACUAGCUCAUGCAGUGACUGUUUCUCGAAACAAAUUGGCGGAGAUUGUGUUGACACGAAAGAGACUGUGGAGGACGAUUGCUCAGAAGGAAAAUGCGGAAGCCGCUGCUGCUGCUAGAAGCGAGUUUAUUGCAUCGGCAUCUCACGAGAUCAGAACUCCUCUACAUCAUCUUCAGGGAUACAGCGACCUGCUUUCGCAGACCGAGUUGACCGAAGAAGGCCGUUCUCUGCUUCAUGCCAUCCAAAGGGCUACCAAGACUUUGUCUUUGAUAACAAACAACGUCCUCGAUUGGUCAAAGUUAGAAAGAGACUCCGAAACCAUAUGCCGUCCAGUAGCUCUAGACAUCCGAACUGUCUGCGAAGCUAUCCUUGUUCUGCUACCAAACAAAGACGACGAAGCAGAGGUGGAGUUGAUAGUCGUCGUGGAACCAGAUGUCCCCAAGUCAAUCUUCCUAGAUGAGACGUACAUUCAUCGAAUCCUCAUGAACUUGCUUUCGAAUGCCUUGAAAUUCACAAGAUCAGGCUACAUUCUGCUGCUGGUCGAGAUCAAAGACGGCAAUCUGGUUGCUACCGUGAAGGACACUGGGCCUGGAGUUCCACCAUCUUUCUUGCCUCAGCUGUUUGAACCGUUCAAGCAGGCUCAGACCCGAGGAUCUCAGAUAGGCACAGGACUUGGUCUCAGUAUUGUCAAACAAUUACUGCAUAACAUGAAUGGAACUAUCAGCGUCGAAAGCAAGCACCCCGAGGCGGAGGAAGUUGAACUAGAACAUACUGGCAGCACUUUCACGAUUUCAAUCCCAGUUCAAUCUAUCAGCACCACAAACGACUUAAACAUCGGUAUGCUUCCCAAAAUUGCAAUCAUGUACAAUGGGAAUCGACGCUCGACCGAAGGCUUGCAACUUGCCUGGGAAAAGUUUGGAUACGACGUGGUUAUUGCAAAUAAUUUUGGAGACCUUUCCGACACUGACUGGACGUACAUAUGGGCAGACUUGACAUUCUUGAAACGAAAUCCCACGUGUCUACAAGAUCUUUUGAAACAGAAGAAAUGGCCAGUACUCGUCUCUUACGACACAUUCAAUACACUAUCUCGGAUCCCGGAACUCGCAUCAGCGCCGCACUUUAUUCCACUACCGAGACCGUUAAUAUGGCAUUCUUUCUCACAACGCAUCGCUGCAGCAAGCAAAGAUCCAGGGAAACAUGAGGUCGCUAGGAUGGUAAGAUUUGCUUCGAAAGUGGACCUCGUAAACGGAAACGGGGAAUCACAUACACAAAAGCCAACCGAGAAGAACCUCCUGGUCUUACUGGUCGAAGAUAACCCUAUAAAUCAAAAGCUGGGCCAGAAAAUGCUGACAACCUUGGGGUACAAAGUCCAAAUCGCAGACAAUGGUCAGGAAGCAAUCAACCAAAUCCUCGGCAAUGAUCUCAAGAUUGACAUCAUACUGAUGGAUCAAUCCAUGCCUCUCAAAGAUGGCGUUACGGCAACGAAAGAGAUUCGUGAACUGGAGGCAGCCGGAACUCUUUCGAAACGACAUCCAAUUAUUGCUGUGACGGCUGUGGUCAGUUCGCAAGCUCAAGCACUGUUCAAAGCUGCGGGAGCAGACGACUUUCUUGCUAAGCCGCUGUCUUUAGCGAAACUUGAGCAUACUUUAGCUGUGCACUUGCCUGGGAAAUGGAGGUGA